AUGACUUGCCCUUUGGCAGGUAACCGAUUGUGUGAACUUUGUAGUUUCAUUUUGAAAAGUAAGAUCUGUUCUGUUCAGGUCUACAAGUACGAUGAGAACACCAAGGUUAGGAAAAAGCACAGUCCUCUUCACUGGGCAGCAUUCAAAGGUCAUCUCAAGGUUCUAUGGUUGCUCAUGGCACCUCCUCAGAACCUGUCACACCACGAGCGGGAUGCCAUAGGCAAUACCCCUUUGCAUCAAGCAGCUGCUGGAGGAAACUUGGAGUGUGCAAAAUGCCUUAUGGCUCAGGGGUGUGAUGUCCUGGCGAAGAAUGACAGAGGGCACACUCCAUUUGCCUUGUGCACGGAUCCGGAGGUUCAGCAGCUUCUACAGAACGCGAUGAAUGCAACAGCAUGCAAGGCGUCCGGAAAGCAGUUCUCCUCAACGGUGCUGAGAUACUUGUGCUCAUGGUCGCUCGAUGUGUUUUGCGAGAAAGAAGUCACUCAGACAUUUGUCUAUGAACAUCCAGAGGCCAACGAGAAGGAGAAGCCUGUGACAUGGUGCAAUGAGGUUAGGGCCACCAUUCAAGACUUGGAGCACCAGCUGAACCAUGCAAUGCAUCUCAACCAGCUCGACACAGUAACAGCAGCUUUGGAAGCGGCUGCAGACAGGCCAGUGGACUGCAAACUUGUUCAUCAGUGCAACCAGCUUAAGGAGAAGCUGGAGUCAGAGAUUCAACUUGGAAAGGCGAUGCAGGUUACAACCAUCACGAACUUGGACGAGUUUGACGGUGUCCAUGAUGCCUUGAGCAAGGCGAUAGAUGAUGCAGUGGCCAAGAAGGCAGAUCCCGGUCGUGUCCAAGCCGCCAAAACGCUGCGGCGGAAAUUGCUCGCGGAGGCCUCGCUAAUGCGAACGGUCCUGGGCCAGCAGAAGACCACAGUCGCCCACAUCAGCAUGCUACAGGAGUUGCUGACAGCAGCCAAAAGUGAGAACGCAAAUGAAGAUCUCAUUCUACAAGCUUCGAAGACCAGAGCUCAGCAUGAACUCCAUAGCGCAUUGACAGGUUGCAGCUGUCCUAAACACAGAUUCUCAGAUCCUUGCCUUGUCAUGCACAAUUGCAGCCUUCUUUGGAACUGUGACCUCCACAUUGUACUUAACUUAUAUUCACACCGCUUUGCGGUCGAAGCCGCCCGCACAGAGUAA